AUGAGAACAGAGCACGCUGAGGACAGGAGAUCACUAGCUCUACGUCGGCCUUCGCGGCUCUCUCCAAAUUCAGAGGAUCAAGAAUGUCUCCCUGAGCGUUCUCCUGACAUCGUUUCACGGGAUACCUCUGGAAGACUCCAGCGUGAUAGCACCGAUACUCGAGCAGGUGCAGCAGAUGAUGAGGUUGUUUCCAUUACAAGCUCAACUCACUAUCCGCCAAACCGGUGCGAGGCUACAGCUGAAGUUCUGCCCUUGAAAUCCCAAGAGACGGACGGCAUGCUCCAGGCGAAAAUCAUUCCUAACUUUGAGAAAGAAGAAGGAGAUCGCCUAAAUCGCGACCAAAGUUCGAUUUCUCCGAGGUGUUACAACAAACACACUCCGAAAGCCGCAAACAACAACACAAGAAACAUACCUGUACAAUCAUACGACAAGCCCGAUACGAGGCCUAUGUCCAGGAAGACUGCGGCGAUCUUGGAUAUAGUUUCUAAGCACAAGAUUCCUAAUGCAUCUCAAUCAGUCAGGGAAAAGACUCCCAAAGAUUCCGAGUCCAAGCACAAAAUGACAAAGACAGAGGCGAUCUCAUCCUCGACCACUACACAAACGACCUCACUACCCGGGAUCGAGUCUUUUCAGCCAGACGUGUUCAUCGAUCAGAAAAAGAAACAUAAUAUCCAGGGCUGCUCCCCAGGUAUCGGUCUCAGAGAGCUUCACGAGACCUCGUUUCGACCCUGGUUUGCUUAUAGAACAGCGAGAUGUAGGGAAGUGCAAGCUCAGCUGCUAUCGGCUACAAAGGAUGUUACUCAAUUAAAUACGAGAGCAGAGCAUUUUUCUAUCUAUGAAGCCAAGUAA